AUGAAGUCUCUCCAGUGUUUGAUUGUUGCAAAUCUAGUCUGCGCUUCGAGCGCCGCGUUUCUACCUCGCUCGCUGCUCGCUUAUUUCGGUCUAUCCGAGAGCAACAUCCCACGAUUCAUUCGCGAGAUCAAUCAUCCCUACAUCAAGUCUCACCAGCACGAUAUCGAAUCCCUUUCAGAUCCCACCGAGGCAUUAUGCAAUCCACACUCACAGUUCCGUGCAUCCUUGCCGGAUUUCCCUGAUGACCUGUUCAGAAGACUAUCAGUCGACAACAAUAAAGUAUCACGGGGCAGACGUGGAUGGACGAAUGCCAGAGAGGUAUUAUCCGACAUCCUGAGCUGCAAAGCGGCUCUUGGCGGCGUUGAGGAGUUUGAGGUCGACAUAUUCCUACAAAGAGGAGAUGAUGAGUGGUUUGGCGAGGCGCCGACCCCAUCCGAUGAUAUUCUAGACCUAUUUGUACGGUUCUUCGCCAAUACUCCGCGCCUUUCGAAUCUCACAUGGGUCCAACCGUCAGCAGAUAGCGCUGCAGCCGCUACGUUUGAGAAAUAUUUCUUCGAGCAAAAUGUCGAAUUUCCAGCCUUGACCGAGGCAAGUCUCGGACCCAACAUGCACUAUCUGCUGGCUGGGGCACCACACUUGCGGAAACUCACCUCCUACUCGAAGAGUUCCGUCUGGUCCAUUUAUUCGAUGAGAUCUCUGUCUCAACAAGCAGACGGUCCGCAGAUGAGUUUCGUCAAGGUCACUUCGAAGCUAAAGCGCCUUGAAGAGUUUGGCCUCCAUGCAACGUGGACAGCAGAGUUGGUAGCUGAGCUACUACAGUCGGCGGGCCAGCUGGUGAGACUGGAUGUGGACGGAGGUGUGGACGGACGAUGGGCCGGGGAUAAUCUUGGGGCAAUGGCAAGGGAAUUGAACAAGUUCGAAAAUUUGAGACAACUGCGCCUUCCUCACGUCAUUCACUUGGGGUUUGGCAGCUCUGAUGAGUUGCCAGAUUGUGGCAAUGCAUACUUCGGUGCUUCUGGCAGGGUCCUGAGGCGGCAGGAGCAAAUAAGUCAUAUUUUCAGCACCGAGAAGGCAGCUGAAAUCAUCUUCCCCUUGAUGCCUAAUCUUGAGAAACUGUGCAUAGGUGGUGAAUGCACGGAGAUCGCGCUUGGCAAAGAACUGAAAUGGCCGUGGACAGGUCGACUCCGAGAUUAUAUGCUGGAGGAAUGGCCGCGGUGGGAAAGUGGCACGUACGGAUAUCGAUACGAGGAGUCUGAGGACCCUCAAGGUCCGGUCCUGGAAAGCUGGGAAGAGGACAGAAAGUGGUUUGGUGGGUCAGAUGGCCAUGGGGAGCUUUAA